GAGCAGAGGAGUGAGUCUGCUGUUUUUUCUAACAUUAGCCAAACAGACAAGCUUGGAUCACUACACACACUUCAAUCGGAAAACGACCCAAUUUGACGACUUCCUUCAGAUCCCAUUUUUCCAAUUUUCAACGCUCUUACCAUUCACCAUUCACCAUUCACCGUGACAUGAUCAUUGCCAUUUCUCAUUGCUCUCUUCAACCUCAUUUCGCAUCUCAUCAUUCUCAUGGACGCUCCUUUCUCCUUUCUUCUCUUCCUCUUUUGCUUCCUCUUUGCAACUGCUUCCUCCUCCAUUCUCAAUUUUCACCAACCCUUUCCCAUUGUGGAACCUGAUCCUGGUCACACCAAACUUCGCCUGUCAAGAGAAGGCUUGGAGGCUAUUGAAAGAAUUACAAACCCCAUUGCAUCUGUGGCAGUGAUUGGACCAUACCGCUCUGGGAAAUCUUUUUUGCUUAAUCAACUUCUCUCUCUUUCUUGUUAUGAAGGGUUUGGUGUUGGGCACAUGCGUGACACCAAGACAAAAGGAAUAUGGAUUUGGGGAACCCCUAUUGACUUGGUUAUUGAUGGGGUAAAAACGUCUGUAUUUUACCUUGAUACUGAAGGAUUUGAAAGCAUUGGGAAGUCAAAUGUAUACGAUGAUCGGAUAUUUGCUCUGGCAACUGUCAUGAGUUCUGUACUUAUCUACAAUCUACCUGAGACAAUACGUGAAGCUGACAUCUCUCGACUCUCUUUUGCGGUUGAGCUUGCUGAGGAAUUUUAUGGGAGAGUGAAGGGGCAAGAUGUUGCAUUUGAACCUGCUAAGCUCUUGUGGCUUAUCCAACGUGAUUUUCUGCAAGGUAAAUCAGUGCAAGAAAUGGUGAAUGAAGCUCUUCAGCGAGUUCCCAAUGUUCACAGGGACAAAAAUAUUGAUAUGGUCAAUCAGAUCCGGGAGUCUCUGGCUAUAAUGGGUGACAACAGUACUGCUUUUAGCUUACCACAACCACAUCUCCAGCGGACGAAGCUUUGUGACAUGAAGGAUGUGGAACUGGAUCCACUAUAUGUUAAGAAAAGGGAGAAACUUAAAGAGCUUGUUGCUAGCAUAAUCCGUCCAAAAAUUGUACAGGGAAAAACUCUAAAUGGGAAGGAAUUUGUUUCCUUCUUAGAGCAGAUACUUGAAGCCUUGAACAAAGGAGAGAUUCCAUCAACAGGUUCUCUUGUGGAGAUUUUCAACAAGGAUAUUCUAGAAAAAUGCCUUCAGUUGUAUAGUGGAAGGAUGGCAACAUUCAGUCUACCUCUUUCAGAGGCAUCUCUGCAAGACUCCCAUGAUAGGUCUAGGAAUGAAGCCAUGCAAGCCUUUGAUCAGCAACAUUUUGGCCGUCACCAUGCUAAGAAAUCAGUCGUGCAACUGGAUGAAGAAAUACAGAAGGUAUAUAAAAAUGUCGUUUUACAAAAUGAAUAUAAAUCUUCAAAGCUAUGUGAGGCACUGUACACCAGAUGUGAGGACAUGAUGGAUCAGCUUCAAGUUCUCAGGCUUCCUUCGAUGGCAAAAUUCAAUGCAGGUCUCCUGAAAUGCAAUCAUAGUUUUGAGCAUGAGUGUGUUGGACCUGCAAAAGUAAACUACGAGCAACGCAUCAUGAAGAUGUUGGAUAAGUCUAGGUCUCUAUUUAUAAAGGAGUACAACCAGAGGCUUUUCAAUUGGUUGGUGGCCUUCUCCCUGAUCAUGGUAGUGAUUGGCCGUUUUAUUAUAAAGUUUAUUUUGAUUGAAAUGGGAGCAUGGUUACUUUUUAUAUUUCUGGAGACCUACACAAGGAUGUUUUGGUCAGCAGAGUCACUUUACUACAACCCAGUUUGGCAUUUUAUUGUUGCAACUUGGGAAACUCUUGUUUACAGCCCAAUCCUGGAUCUUGACAGAUGGGCUAUUCCCCUUGGUGCAAUGGUGUGUAUUUUCAUUCUUUAUUGGCGGUGUUAUGGUAAAAGAAAACAUGGAUCACGGUGGCUAUUACCUAUAUACAGAAGCAAUAAAAAUGGUCCAAAUCGGCCAAGAACAGAGUGAAGUCUAUGAUGAUUCAGUCGAACUCAACAAUCCAUUAUCCAUUCCUUUUGGCGAGCUUUUUCUUUUUUGUGCAUGGAGCUUGCCCACCCCUUGUUUUGCAAAGUGAAAGGUGAUCAGAGGGUGAUUAACCUCUCCGGCAACUUGUGUAACUUUGGUGAGUUCAAAAAUGUUCUUUGCUGCCACAACAUGUUGAUUUUACAAGUGUUUAAUACUUGGCAGUUAUUUAUGUUGGAUUUUAUAGAGUAAAUUGGAUUUAGAUACAUGUACUGAGCCACCACGUGUAUUGACAUGUAACCAGGUAAAUGUAAAACGAGAAAGGAAAUACAAGUUGAUUCUUUAUUCUUUUGUUUU